UGGACGCUCCGCAGACGCGCAACGACCACGUCCCCACGACCGCUCGCCGACCGCGCACGUCUCCACGCUCCCCUGCCCGUCUCACGGGCGCUUCUGCUUCCGGCCGCGCCCUUCCGCUCCCACAGUGCCCCGCGCCGAACCAUGGACCACAAUGACAAUGAUUUGCAAGGAACAAAUAGUUCAGGAUCAUUGGGUGGUCUUGAUGUUCGUAGAAGAAUCCCUAUAAAGCUUAUCUCAAAACAGACCAGUAAAACCAAACCUGCACCUCGAACUCCAAGAAAUAUGAACAGGAUGCCUUCGAAGACACAAGCUGGUGAUGAAGAAGAAUUUGAAUAUAACAAAGAGGAGCGAUACGAAUGCAAAGGCGGUGAAAUGUUUGGCAGUCAAAGGAGAUUCCCUGGACCCAUCUUUUGGGACUAUAAGAUAAACUUGCUGGGGGAAAAGGAUGAUACACCAGUCCAUUUUUGUGAUAAGUGUGGAUUGCCCAUCAAAAUGUAUGGACGCAUGAUACCUUGCAAGCAUGUUUUUUGCUAUGACUGUGCUAUACUACAUGAGAAAAAGGGAGACAAGAUGUGUCCAGGCUGUAAUGAACCAGUGCAGCGAAUUGAGCAGUGUGUACGAGGGUCUCUCUUCAUGUGUAGCAUUGUUCAAGGGUGCAAGAGAACUUACCUGUCACAGAGGGACUUACAAGCUCACAUCAACCACCGCCAUAUGAGAGCUGGGAAGCCUGUUAGUCGGCCUCCAAUUGAACCUGUACAUCCUCCUAUUGCCCCGCCGCCUGCUGAAAUUCCUGAGCGCUUCAUAAUGCCACCUGAGAAACAUCAUAUGAGCCACAUUCCGCCAAAGCAGCACAUCAUGAUGCCACCACCUCCUUUACAGCAUGUGCCACAUGAGCAUUACAACCAGCCACAUGAAGACAUUCGUGCACCUCCUGCAGAGAUGUCAAUGGCUCCACCACCACCUCGCCCAGUCAGUCAGGACACCUUCCGCAUCUCCACGAGAAAACACAGCAACUUAAUCACUGUCCCUAUUCAGGAUGAUUCCAGUUCAGGUGCUCGAGAACCACCUCCACCAGCCCCUGCACCUGCUCAUCAUCAUCCUGAGUACCAGGGUCAACCAGUGGUAUCGCACCCUCAUCAUAUUAUGCCUCCACAGCAGCAUUAUGCACCACCCCCACCACCACCUCCACCAAUAAGCCAUCCGCUGCAGCACCCUCCCCAGGCAGCAGGUACUCCUCACAUGGUGUAUAGCCAAGCUCCUCCACCACCAAUGACCUCUGCUCCUCCUCCUAUUACCCCACCACCUGGACAUAUAAUUGCCCAGAUGCCACCAUAUAUGAAUCAUCCUCCUCCAGGACCUCCCCCUCCUCAGCAUGGAGGCCCACCUGUAAAUGUAAAUGCACCCCCUCCCCAUCACUAUAAUCCAAACUCUUUGCCGCAAUUCAGUGAAGAUCAAGGAACUCUUAGUCCCCCUUUCACACAGCCUGGGGGAAUGAGUCCAGGGAUAUGGCCAGCUCCAAGGGGGCCACCUCCACCUCCAAGGAUGCAAGGGCCUCCUGCUCAGGCCCCGCUUCCUGGACCACAUCACCCUGAUCAAGCCAGAUACAGACCCUAUUACCAAUGAUACAAGCAACUAUAUGAAUAGAGAGUGCUAUGAAGAGGAUAAAAUUAUAUACAACAGCCUUUUAAUUGUUUUGGGGUUAUUUUGUUGUGUGUUUUUUUAAAAUACUGUCAUUUUGACUGUAGGACGUUUUGGAGUUUGAAUCUUAAACAAAUUUUAAGCCUUGGCUAUAGGACUCUGACUUCAGAUACUCUGUAGUGCUAAAAUAAGUGGCUUAGUAAACCACAGUUGCAUUUUAACAGAACUUCUGUCUCUAAUGUGGCUAAAUUGUCCUAAGAUGAACACUUGUAAUAUUAUUUCCUGGAGAAAAUGAACAUGUGUUGUACCAUUCUGAAUAUUGUUUUUGUUAAAUCCAGUGUUUAGUUUCACUUGUGAUACAUUUUUGUUAACCUGUGUACAAUAAUUAAAUUGAAACACGAUUGUAAAAGCGGUGGGUUUUUAUAUGAAAUUAACACAGACAUAGUUCUGGGCCACCAUUUCAGCACUAAUGCUUUCCAAAUGGGUAGUGUAAUGAAAUAUUAAGGGAACUUAAAUAUUUCUCCUACUAACAGUUACCAUUACUUACAGCAUAUUUAGGCUAUAACCAGGCAUGCAGAAUACUGCAUUUCAGUUUUUUCUUUCUUCUUUUUUUUUUUUUUUCCUUAAAUUCAUGCAACAAGAUAAAUUGUUCAGAAAUACAACUUUGGGGAUGACAUAAAACCAUGCGAUGUAUUGUGGGGUUUAGUGGGGAUUUUUAAUUUGGAUUUUGGCUUUAUGGAGUUCUUGUUUUAAAGCUAGUUUUGAUUUGGAAGGUUCUGCUUACAUGUAUGCUGUUCACUAGUGUUGAAUUCAAACUGUUGUGUUUACCUAUGGCUAUGUUUGUGCAGAAGUGGCUGUGAAUUGGCUUGCCAUGUCUGUGAGAAGCAGAUUAUUUUAGGUAGGGAAGUGGUGUUUGCCUCUGUCGCUUUAUAUAAUAUGUACAGUAGGAAAACUUCCCAUUUGGAUAACCUGGAAGAAGUGGUCUGAAAACCCACAUGUAGAUACAAAGAAAUAAAAAGCUACACACCCUU